AUGCACUUAACAGUCGUGGAACGAGCUGCCGGGCCGUCUACUGGCGCUAGGCAUACCGUCAAUGGCAUCUCCAGUCGGACAACAACAACGGCGCCAUUGGGCAUAUCAGAUGUCGAGUAUGAAGGCUUUGAAAAGGACGAGGGCCAUUUAGCUACGCAGGAUGACAGUGUGGUGCAGACUAUGGAAACCGGCUUCAUUCCUUCCGCUCGGUUGACCAACUCUGCCCUCCCACCCCUCUUCUCUCUGUCACUAGUCCAAUAUACGCCCCCAUCCUCGCUCAUUUGCUUGACAGCCGCCAACAAUGUCCUCUUUCUGGCUGCUGCUCCAUUGACCAUCAUCAUUAUCGAUCUCGACAAACCAGAUGAGCUAGUCACGGUCGACCUUCCUCGGCCAGCUCAGGAGAAAGGGCAAACCACUCCCUCGCCCAGUCCAGUAAUCAAGAGUCUUUUCGUCGAUCCGCGAGCACGUCAUCUGCUCAUCACAACCACUACUGGCGAUACCUUCUACCUCCCCAUCAGCCCUGGCAAUCCUGCUGUUCAAUCACGACGAGCGAGACCAUUACGUUUGCGUCAAACCAUCACUUCGGUAGCUUGGUCGCCCUAUGCUGGAUCCACAGACCCUUCUGGAGGGGAUCACACACCUUCAAAGAACGAUCAAGUCACUCCGCCUAGUACCGACAUUCUCCUAGGAACACUCAGCGGUCAAAUAUUGUCUAUGCCACUACCGCCGCAGGACGACAUCUUCAAAUCCGUCUCGAUAUCCAUGACGAAGCCGCUGGAGAGAGAUCUACAAUCUGUGUAUUCGGUUCCAGAUGGCCGACCAGUCACUGGACUCGCCUUUGGCUUUUGGCCAAGUACAGAAACGUCUAGAGGCACAAAAGCCCGGAGAGCUUGGACCGUCAUCACGACACAAGAGAGGAUAUACGAGCUUCAAGGGGAGGUCGGCACGGCGCAUGUUGGUGGAAAAACCGGCGGCUGGGCGGAAGAGCUCUUCAAACCGUUCAGGGAAGGAACUCCAAGCUUCCAAGAGCUGCCGGGUCAGGUCCCAAACUCUCAGCUUUGCCUGUACAGCGAUUCAACGGAGCACACUGCUCGAUCAUCUCUUCCGUCUCCAUCUGCCAUGGCUUGGUUGACAGCUCCUGGCCUCUAUGCAUCUGUUCUCACACCCUUACCAACGGCAAAGAUCCUCGUUCGGCCUUCUCUCUUGCGGUACCCGUCCGUGGAUGAUGGACCUAAACAAGGUUCUUCAAUCUUUCAGCGCGGCUCAGCCAACUCCCCCGGUCAGCAACCGAUACCUUUGGCAGUGACCAUCACAAAGUGGCACUGGUUGCUGUUAUAUUCAGAUCGGAUUGUUGGAGUAUCUCGCGAGACUGAGAAAGUAGUCUACAAUGAAGCUAUCCCAGUGGCCUCGGGGGAGAAUGUGAUCGGAUUGUCGUCGGAUCCUGCGCAUGGCACAUAUUGGGUGUCGACCGAUCGCUCAAUAUUCGAGGUCCUGAUCCAGGACGAAGACCGAGAUGUAUGGCGCGCAAAAUUGGAGAAGGGCGAAUUUCAGGAUGCGCAUCAUUAUGCGAAGACCCCCGCACAGAAAGACAUUGUCUUAUCCAGAGAAGCCGAUAGCCUCUUCGAGCAAGGGAAGUACAUCCUGGCCGCCCAGACGUACGCGAAAAGCACCAGAAGCUUUGAAUUUGUGGCUCUACGUUUCGUUGAUUCGGAUGAACGGGACCCUUUGCGGAUAUAUCUAUCCGAAAAGCUCAAUCGUCUAGAUAAGAAGCUUCGUACACAGCGGAUGAUGCUGGCGACUUGGCUGGUGGAAAUAUACCUAAGCAAAUGCAAUACGCUUGAGGAUAUUGUCGCGGCAGAGUCGGCCACGUCGGAUGUCGAGAGCUUGACCAUCGAGCGGCAAAUGAUGGAGGAGGACAUGCGGAAUUUCAUUACAACCUACCAGAAUGACUUGGAACCAAAGGUCGUGUACGAACUGAUCAUGGGUCACGGGCGUACAGAUCUAUACUUGUUCUACUGUAACCUAAUGAAAGACUACGAAAAGGUAAUCGAGCAUUGGAUAGAAGAGCAGGAAUGGGCAAAAGCCAUCGAUGUCCUUAAUCGCCAGGACUCGCUCGAACCAUAUUAUCGCUUCGCCUCCGUUCUGAUACGUCACGCUCCGAGACCCACAGUCGAUUCAUGGUGCCGCCGGUCCAAGCUCGUCCCUAGGAAGCUCAUCCCCGCUAUACUGCAAUACAAGCGGUCUCCCAACCAGGAUUUGUCAUCAGAUCAAGCGAUCAGAUAUCUUACUUACCUGGUCAAUGAUCUCGGCUCGACAGAGACUAUCGUGUACAACCUCUUGAUUACGCUGUACGCGACCGACUCGGACCCAGAUGACGCUCAUCUUCUACGAUUCCUGACAACAUGUCCUGAUAAUCCCCUCACGGAAGCUCCUUAUUACGAUCUCGACUAUGCUUUGCGGCUUUGUCGACAGCGUAACAGAAUCCAGCCGUGCAUCCACAUUUACUCUAAGAUGGGAAUGUACGAGAACAGCGUGGACUUGGCAUUGCAGCGCGGAGACUUGGAGCUGGCCAAGGCAAAUGCGGAUCGUCCGGAAGGCGAUGACGUGUUGAGAAAGAAGCUUUGGCUCAAGGUAGCUAAAUACGUUGUCCAGGAGCGGAAGGAUAUCAAGAGCGCGAUGAAAUUUCUCGAGUCAACUGAUCUGGUGAAAAUCGAGGACAUCCUACCUUUCUUCCCGGAUUUCGUGGUGAUAGACGACUUCAAAGCCGAAAUCUGCACUGCUCUUGAGGAAUACUCUGCCAAAAUUGAAGAGCUCAAGGCAGAAAUGGAGGACGCCACUGCCUCUGCAGAUUCCAUCAAGCGAGAUAUCGAAGGUCUACGGAAUAGAUUUGUCACCGUCGAACAGGGAGACAAAUGCUGGAAAUGCGGAUUGCCCCUGCUCACAAGGCAAUUCUACGUUUUUCCCUGUCAGCACUCUUUCCAUGCUGAUUGUCUGAUAUCAAUGGCUAUGGAAACUCUCCCCUCUGCUACAUUGCGCCGCAUAUUGCAGCUGCAAAAUGAGCUGGUCGUUCCGCCGGGAGAAGCAGGCGCGAGACCCCUACUCUCCGCAUCGCAUGCUGCUGUGGGAUCUGGCUCCGGGACGCCACGGAAAUCAGGGACACAAAUAACGUCUGGCUCAGCAGCCACAGAUCUCUUGUUAGGCGUGACAGGUCGCAACAAAUUGAUGGCCGCGGGCGAUCGACUGAGAGAGCUCAUCGUACCCGACGCUCUUGCGCAAGCUGUGUCUGUGAGCGUGGGAGUGGGUAAGAAAACGAAGAAGAAGACGAGGGUCGAGGACAACACUAGGACAGAAGAAGCGAGGAAAGAGCUGGACGAGCUGGUGGCGGCGGUCUGCCCACUAUGCGAAGGCGCAGUCGUGGGUCUAGAUAAGCCUUUCAUCAAGCCGGAAGAAGCAGUGGGGGACUGGGAUAUCUAG